UCAUUCAUGACACAGAGAGACGGAAGUCAGAUGCUGGCUGUGCAAUGCCACCUCUCAAAGUCUCUUUGAUCCAGGACAUGAGGCACAUCCAGAACAUCAGUGAGAUCAAGACAGACGUUGGGAAGGCCAGGGCAUGGGUGCGUCUCUCCAUGGAGAAGAAACUGUUGUCCAGGCACCUGAAGCAGCUGCUGUCUGACCAUGAGCUCACCAAGAAACUCUAUAAGCGCUACGCUUUCCUGCGCUGUGAUGAUGAGAAGGAACAAUUCCUCUACCAUCUCCUUUCUUUCAACGCUGUGGACUACUUCUGCUUUACCAACGUCUUCACCACAAUUAGUAAGAGUCACCAAAAUCUCUCUGCAAACACAGUAUACCAUUAAAGGGAUA